GGUUGCUGCUUCCCGGGAACCGAAACGUUUCAACUUAGCCAACUGCCAAACCUUCACAAACAAAACCGUAAAGUUAAGUCUUUACUUUGUGUCACAUUAACUUUACUUCAGCUCGUGACUAACAUCAGUUUUAAUGUAACUGGUAGCUUACCGUUUUAUUUACAGCCCCCAGCGCCCGAAAUGUAUGGAUGCUAACGUUAGCUAGCUCGCUAGUUAGUAGACUUGUAGCGGUUGUUUGAAAACUGUCGAAGUUUAUCCACAAACAAAAAUGUCCGCGGAGCAGAGGACAAGCUGGAUACUGACAGGCGCUACUGUCGCCUGUGUCACCGCCCUGUAUGUGCCCUGUGUGCAGAGAACCGUCCCCGGUGGAGACUCAGGAGAGCUGAUCACCACUGCUUGUGAGCUGGGGGUGGCCCAUCCUCCAGGAUACCCUGUUUUUACCCUACUAGCUCACCUGGCUAUGUGUCUCCUGCCCUCACUCUCCCCAGCCCACAGUGUCAAUCUGAUGAGUAGCCUGCUGGGGGCUGCAGCGUGCGGUGCCCUCUGCAUUACUGUCUGCAGGUUGGUAGGCCCCGGCCCCGGAGCAGUACUUGCUGGGGGCGUGUUUGCUGUGUCCAGGCUGAGCUGGCAGUGGUCCAUGGUGGCAGAGGUCUUCACCCUCAACAAUCUUUUCACUGGUCUGCUCUUCUUCUUGACUGCCAGCUUCCACUGUGCUGAAAACACCACCCAGAGAGUGAAGAUUGCACACUGGGGAGCGCUGUGCUGCGGUUUGGGGCUCUGUAACCAGCACACCCUGGUGCUUUAUGUGCUGGUCAUCAUUCCCUGGGUCCUUCACCAUCUUUACUCUCUCCGGGAGCUGUCUUUGCGUGGCCUGGUGUCUCUGGGAGUGUGUUUCCUCGCUGGCUUUCUGCCAUACAUCUACCUGCCCAUCUCCUCCUACUUGAACACAGCCCGCUGGAGCUGGGGGGAUCAGACCACCCUGUCAGGCCUGCUGACCCACCUGCUGAGGGCUGAAUAUGGCACCUUCAGUCUGGCAAAGACGGAGAGCUCUGUCAACCUGACAUUGAUGCUAAAGGCCCAGUUGGACCACUGCCUGCAAGACCUUUCGCUUCCUGUUCUGCUGCUGGCAGGAAUAGGCCUUCUUCUCUCCUCAUGGGACAGGACGUGUCGCUCAGUGUCCUGGCUGCUGACUGCCAUGCUGCUGGUCUACUCACUGUUUUUUGCCUGGAGAGCCAACCUGGACAUCAGCAGACCCCUUCUGCUUGGAGUGGUUGAGCGUUUCUGGCUGCAGAGCGAUGCUGCAGUGUGUGUGCUGGCAGGCCUUGGCUUGAGCCGGACACACACUGAGCUGGAGAGGAGACUGGGCCGUGGGGGGGUGUGGAAGACCACAGGCUGGGUCCUCACCAUGGCUCUGCUGGCACAUAUGGUGCGCACCAAUCACAGGGAGUGCGAUCAGAGCAGGAACAGUGUGGUCGAGAGGUUCGGCAGGGAGCUUCUGGCCUCCGUCCCAACAGAUUCAAUCAUCCUGACCAGAGGAGAUCUGCCUGGAAACUCCAUGCGCUACUUAUACUACUGCCAGGGUGUACGGCCCGAUGCACGUCUGGUCGACCAGGAGAUGAUGACUUACACUUGGUAUGUGGCCAAGUUGGCGCAGCACCACCCUGGGGUGCACUUUCCCGGCCGCUGGUGGGACCCGGUCCACCCCGAGGUGAAAGACACCUUCAGUCUGGAGCAGUUUCUGUCCCACAACACGCAGAGGCAUGUGUUUGCCUGCAUCGGGCUGCCUGAUGGAGACCCAAGCUGGGAACGUAGUUUCUCUCGUUGGCCAAUGGGUGUGUGUGACUACUUGGUGCCUGUUCAGAGGCAGUUUGACCCUGAGAGGUGGGCCCAUCGAACUCGCAACCUCUACAACUGGAGUGAGCCACACGACAGUUUCCAUCCUGCGUCUUGGGAGCGUGUCGCUAAUGAGGAGAUGUGGCAAGCCAGGAUGAAGACGGCUUUCUUUCUGUUUGACCUGGCAGAAAGGAUGCAGGGAGAGGGGAAAGCUCGCCUCUUUGAGCUGUCUUACACUCUGUAUAAGGAGAUUGUGGAGGCCCACUCAGACUACCCUCCAAACUGGGACAAGAACUUGGCACUGGCCUGUGAGAGGCUCCUCCGCUCCGGUCACCGAGGUUACAGUCCAGACAGCCUGCUGACCUGCAGCACCCAGCACUUUAGUCUCUACUUAGAGAAGGAACCCACAGAUCCCCAGGCGCCCGCCAUACGCUUGGCCAUUGGUCAUCUGCUCAAAGAGAGAGGCGAGCUCCGUAAGAGCCGGAGGCCAACCCCAUGACAAGAUCCAGAGAGACCUACAUGGAGCCGAGUGUACCACGAGCCCAGCCGAAGUGCGAGGCACUGGGGACAAAGUCUGAGCCAAUGUGCCUCUUCUCAUGGUUUAAAGGUGGUGCUCCAGAAGGACAGAAUGACGUUUAGGUAAAGUUUUGGCCAAAUUGGACCUAUGAGUUGGGACUUGAGAGGACUGCUGAUGCGGAAGUACUGCGAGGUAGCAGGACUCUGCAUAAAGGACAGACAGCUUCACUGGAUGAACGUUCACAGUUGACCAGGGACAGAGCUUGACUCCAGCGAGCCUUGACUGACCCCAGUCAAACUGUGCGUGCACCCCUUAAAAACACUCAUUCGAUUGCUUUAUCGUUACAUCUCAUUCCUUUUUUCCUCUCCUCUUCUGCUCUCACAGCUUUUAACGUGCUGAUUAUUUUGCCUCAGCCACUGCUCCACUUCUCUUUUUCUCACAUUAGGAUGGCAAGGCCGAGAUUGAGGGAAAACCAAUUUGGGGGCAGAAAUGGGGGAUUAGAGCGGCUGUUUAAUCUAGGACAGACUUGUGCUGUGCCACACAGUCCUCACUCUGCAUAACCAGCACUACCCACCCACCCACCCCUCUAUCCUUCCAUCAGUCUAUCUUAGAUGGUCCUUUAAAUGUUUAAAACUAAUGGAUUCGAUGAGUGUUUUUUUUUUUCCUCUCUUCCUUCCUAACGGGAGGGCUGUAAUCCCUCAUGGAUUUAAAUGAAAUGUGAAAUGUCACAAUGCCAGGGACCCUUUUAGAGGUGCGUUUCUGUGUGUCCGUGUGUUGAUUUGUGUGUUUGCAUGUUGACGUGUAUGUGUGUGUGUGAACACGUUUAAAUCUCCACCCAAGCCUUUUCCCUGCCGGAACUGCACAUAAACAUAGUCGAUAAACAGAUCGGCACACUGAAAAGCACUUUGAUCAUCAUACAAGCACAAAGUCAUGCAAACUCCAGGGACACAUGUAGACACGCAGGACCAUCAGCCUCCCAGCUCCCAGGACUUUUAGCCCUGUGAUGAGUGCUGGAGAGACAACGUAGCAUGCAAACACAGCGAGUCGACCGGAGUCACUUGUCUUUGGAGUGUUCUCAGGGUCUGAAACGUCAAUGCUUUUGCUGAUUUUAAUGAACCUCGUGGCCAUAAAAUUUGUUGGACAAAGUCAAACCAGUCAAUUACAAUAAGGUUUUGGAGGAGCUUUCUUUUUGAGACGCCACUAGAAAGCGAAGGACAGUAAGUGCAUGUGUAGUUUUCUCAGAAUGUAAUCUGCCCUCUCUGUUCGCAGGCCUGAUUAGCGGCAGUCAGCUGGCUGGAUGAUGAGAUUCGACCUGCUGUAGCACAGAUGGUUUGGUUUCUCAAAAAAAAGGGAAAACUGUCACUCUGCUUUCUACAGAUUCAGAUAUUUCAAUAAAGAUUCUGUUUAUUUUAUUACAUUUCUGAGCCUUUCUUCCUGGGUAGACGAGGCCUUUCAGAUCACAAGUAUUGAUCAUAUUUUUCAACCAUUUUUAACCUCACUUACAUAUUCAUGUCUUUGUGUUUACACCACAUCAUUUCUCUUCUCUUGUCUCAUUCCCUGCUGUUAUUUUUACUUUCUUCCUGUCCUUCCCUUUGUCAUCCCUCUCUUGUCUCCCACCCUCUCAUCCCCUCUCACCCUGUCUUUCCCUAACCCCUCUGUUCCUCUCCUCUCCCCUGUCUCUGAGAGUCAGUUGCCCACCCUAAAUCAGCAAGCUGCCGAGGAUUGUGGGAACCCAUGGAAUCGCCGUGACCAGGGAUGCAGGCAGGGAGCCACGGCAACGCUGGAAUGUGGGGCGUCUGAGGAGAUAAGAGCUGUGAGCCCAGCCAGGGAGAGGGGAGGGAUGCAGCGAGAGAGGAGCGAGGGGGGGAGGAGGAGGAGGACGACGAGGCAGAGUGAGGAGGGUGAGACGGAAACAGGGAGAGCAGCAAGUCUGUGAAUGGGGAGACAGAAACACAACACCAUAAACAGCCCAGAGAGCAAGACAGAGUGAGACAGAGAAAGAGGGGCGGAGGACUUAGGGGGGCACACACUGGAGAUGGGAAGCCAGCCUUAUUCCUCUUUGCAUUUCAUUUACAUCCCUGGCCGUAUCGACCAAUCGGAUUGGGAGCAAAGCCCAGGGCUUAGGAGGGGAAUAAAAAGACAAAAUGCCUUUGCUGCUCUCAUCCCUCCCUGAUAAUACCCCUUCUGUUUUUCUUUUCUCUUUUUCUCCCGUCUAUAAGUAGAUACUGUCCGAAAUGCCAGCGGAAAAGCGACACCUCCGCUUGCUGUGUAUCUCAGAUAGACCGAGCGGGAGCAGGGGCUGAAAAGACAGCUUUAGCAACUGGGCCUAUCUCCUCUCCUCUCCUCUCCCUGGCUGGAUGGAAGCUUGGAGUGGAGGGAGGCGGAGGGCCGGGGUGUGUUGGUUAGUGUUUGGGAAGAGAAUAGAGGGUGUGAGAGGCAUGAUAUACUGAGCUGGCCGCAGAUUUUGCAGAAUCUUGCACUCUGAAAAACUUUGCCGGCAGAUCCCUUUCCUAAGCAUGAGAAACCUGUUUCAAGGAUGUUUACGAGGUGCCACCCAUCUUUGUGAAGGGUGCCAAUGCCUUCUACCAAAGUCCACACAUAUUUUUAGCUUUGGAUUGUUGUUAUUCUUGUGCAGUAAGUUGCAGGUUUAUCCAGAAUGGCAACUCUCGUCACUUGGUUGAACGCAGCGUCUUAGAUAUCAGAUUGUCAACACGGUGAAACCUUAACUUUAAAAAUCUCUUUAACAUACUACGCUAUUGUUAUUUUGGCUAAACUAAAUAUUUACCCAUUAAUUCAGUGAUGUGUAUUGGGGAGAAUUAGGCCCAUUAACAUCAGUCUGUGUUGACAUGAUGUCAUGAUUGACUUGUCUCAGGUUUUUGUUUGCCAUCACUCUUGAUGUGUGUGUUUCUCAGUGUGUGGUGGCCACUGUUUGUAUGCCAGGUACAGUAUGUUUGCAGGUUUACUGAGUUUAUUUGUACAGGUGUUUGUGGUGUGCUCCAUUGUGUUUCCUGUUUGGGUUGCUAUGCGUCUAUUGUGCCAAAAUGGACAGAGUGUUUUCGCUGUUUGUAAGUGUCUUUCCUGUAUUUAAAGGACUAUGUUAUUGUCUUGGUGCUCACGUCUUUGUGUAGGCGCACCCAGACUAUUGUCCUACUGCCACUGGACCCGGUGCUGGCAUGGCUGCUGAUAUAGAGCUUAUUGAAAGUGAUUGUUGUUGCACAGAUGAGAGUUCAUCUCAAUAGGGGUCUGCGGCAAACCAUUCAGACACAGAGUGGAUCCUCUACCUGCCUCCACCAGACGCAUAUAAGAGAUAAGGUCACCUUAGGACCCUGUGUGGACCCCCUCCACCUUCACAGCAUCCUCAUCCUCCUCAGCCCGCACAACCUCAGCCAUCUAGUAAAACAAACCAAACAAUAGAGGGAUAUGUGAGGGAUUAGAGGUCAGAGGGCUGGGGAAUGCGACAUCUCCAUUUCCAGGAUCAAUCUUCAACCGCUUGGUAAUCUCUGGCCCCAGGUCCCACAUACCUCCAGUGGUCUCUCUGGCUGAGAGCUGGCAUUGCCAGGCUGUGUGAGCUGGUACCCCUGCUGGGUGUGGAGUGCUGAUAGGAUAGUGGGGGGUGGGGUUAAAACCUGAUAGUGUGGAUGGAUGGAGGAGCAGAGGGAUGAGUAACAAGGGGUCCUCACUUUGUAUCCAGACCUCACCUAAAUCCUCACAGAUAGAUGCAUAAAUGCACGUGUGUGUGUGUUUGCCCAUGUAUGACACAGACACAGUGUUAUCGUGUCCCUGUGUACUCUGUGGGCACACGUUCGUAAAGUUUGUUUUAAUCUGUAAAUUUGUAAAUGCGAAAUAACUUUGAGUUCUUCAGAGCAAACUGAAUAUUAUCCCCAAGUUCC